AUGGCCACGUUCAUUGCUGAGCGACAGUUUGCUAAACAACAGCAUGUUGGGGAUAUGAGUGUCGCUGGGGUGGUUGAGCAACAAAAGGAUGAUGAGAUCGAUGAUUUGAUGCAGUAUAUGGGGUACUCGGAUAACGGCCCAGCUAAGGGCAUCCAGACGGGUACUACCAUUAUGGCCAUGAAAUUUAAGGAUGGAGUGGUAUUGGGAGCGGACUCUAGGACUAGCACUGGUGGUUAUGUUGCUAAUAGAGUGAGUCGUAAGGUGACUCGUCUUCACGAUAGGAUAUUCGUAUGCCGUAGUGGCUCGGCUGCUGAUACUCAGUUCCUAAGCUCGAAGGUCAAGUACUUCCUCAAUGCGCAUGCUAAUGAUCUCCCUCUGGACCGUCUGCCCAAGGUUAAGACAGCUGCUAAUCUGAUGAGAUUGCUAGCGUACAACAAUAAACAGUAUCUCACAGCUGGCCUUAUUGUGGCUGGAUGGGACCAGACUGAGGGGCCUCAGGUUUAUUCGAUACCUCUGGGUGGUACUAUUAUCAAGCAAAACAUCGCCACUGGUGGUUCUGGAUCGACUUACAUUACGGGGUUGGUUGAUCAUUUGUAUCGCCCUGAUAUGAGCACGGGGGAGCUGAGACUUCGUGGCUAA